AAUUUAAAAGUUAGAAAGGUAGAAUUGGAAUUAAUAAUAUGGAAAUGUAUUUAGUUUUAGGGAAGAAAAAUUAGGUGCGCCCAUAAUAGUGGACAUUCAAGUGCGUUGCACAUGCAGCGUCAGCGUGCACUAUAUCUUUCCAUUACCAUUAUGUUUUCCACUGUCCCACACCACCUUCUUCUUCUUCUUCUUCUUCUUCUUCUUCUUCUUCUCCUUCUUCAUCUAAUUCCCUCAAUCCACGCAUAAUUCAUCGCCUCCAUAAUCACACAAACAACAAAUCCAAAGUUCCCAUCAACCCCUUUUUCUCUCUUUUUAUAUAAAUUCACCCAUUACAAUCCUUCCCAUUUUCAUACCAUUUUUUGUUUUUGCCUCAGUAGCGCCAAUGGCAGCAGCUUCAGCUUCCACUACUUUCAACUUUAACCAUCUCUCCUUCUUCUUCCUCCUCCUUCUCUCCUCUGUUCAAACUGAAGCUAGAGUCAACAAAUUCUUCAGUAAAUUCAUCCAUACAGAUCACGAGGAGGUUGUUCCCAACACUCUUUCCCCGGCGCCGCUCUCUGUUCCGCCUGAGACUUCUCCAUCUCUAGCACCGACACCGGCUCCCGCGCCAUUCUUCGAUGAAUCGCAGAAUGCUUACGGUCUAUACGGCAGUGAUCCCGACACCGAUGAAAACCCUCGGACGAUUACCGACGUGGAAGAGGAGAUUCUCGGAGGAGAAGGCGAUCAGGACGAGACGAAUCGUAAAUCUGAGUUUCCGAUGAACAAUUUUGUUCAAACGAGAGAUGACGAGGAGCAGUACCAGAACAAGAACUAUGAGUACAACAAUGGGUUUAGAAAUUCCGAGUACGAGAACCACAACGAGUACAGAAAUUCCGAGUACGAGAACAAUAACAAUGAGGGUAGAAAUUACCAGUACCAGAGCAAUUUUGAAGACGGCGGCUACAGGAGGAGCCGAUUCGAACCGACAGAGCAGCAAGGGAUGAGCGAUACCAGAUUCAUGGAGAAUGGAAGGUAUUUUCAUGAUAUUAACUCGAAGAAUGACGAAGAAAAUGGAUCGUAUGGAAGUAAGAAGAAGUAUCCGAAGUACGAGUUCGAUUCAAUGGAGGAGUAUGAGAGGAGUGAGGGAUUGCUUCCUUGAUGAAGAGAAGGGAGAUUUUAGGGUUUAACUUAAAUUUAUAUAUGGAGGUUUUUUCUUUAUAUGUUGUGUGUUUACGUUUGAGUUGUGGUUGUUUUUGCACAACUUGAGUGAAUAUGUUGUUCUUGGAUGUGAUUUGAAUGUAGGGAAGAAAAAACAUGGUGUUUCCAUUUUGGAAAUAAAUUCCAUUAUGAGAUUUUAUAGAUUAAUUAUUCAAUGUUUAUGUUUGUUUACAAAACUUCAUAUGAAUGAAAUUGUGAAACUACUUUAUGAA